GACCCCCGUGCUUCCCCCCGCAGGUGUCGGGUCUCCCCCAGGCUGCCCACCAUGAAGCUCCUGUGCGUCGUGGCCGCGCUCGGCUGUCUGCUGGCGCCCCCCGCCCGGGCCAACAAGAGCUCCGAGGACAUCCGGUGCAAAUGCAUCUGCCCGCCGUACAGAAACAUCAGCGGGCACAUCUACAAGCAGAACGUGUCGCAGAAGGACUGCAACUGCCUGCACGUGGUGGAGCCCAUGCCGGUGCCCGGUCAUGACGUGGAGGCCUACUGCCUGCUGUGCGAGUGCCAGUACGAGGAGCGCAGCACCACCACCAUCAAGGUGAUCAUCGUCAUCUACCUGUCGGUGGUGGGCGCCCUGCUGCUGUACAUGGCCUUCCUGAUGCUGGUGGACCCGCUGAUCCGCAAGCCCAACCGACACUGGAGGCAGUGGAACCGGAUCUUCCGCUGGAAAUGCCACGACCUGGUCAAGUCCCGGGCCUUCUACUGGCUGGUGAUCCUGAUCGUGGCCCUCAACACCCUGUCCAUCGCCUCUGAGCACCACAACCAGCCGCCGUGGCUGACCCACCUGCAAG